AUGGAAAUCCAGCGUGUCACAAUUGGCGGACCAAAUAAUCGUACUCUUGCAUUCAGACAUGUAUAUUCUGAAUCAGCUCCAGGCUUUACAAAGGGUUUUGAAACAUGUCCGGUGAAUUCGCAUGAGUACAUCACAGAUUUCGAAUGUACCGGCACCGAUAAAUAUCUUGUGCACGAAUCCAUGCUCUCGUUCUAUUCGGGCCACUCCGCGUUCAGCUUCUAUGCUGCCUGGUACACUGCUCUCUAUCUUCAAGCACGACUAUAUCGGCCGCUAUUUAGUCGUUUGCUUCUCCCGGUUGUCCAGUUUGCCCUAUUUGGUGGCGCUGCUUUUGUUGCUUACACACGGGUUAGCAACUACAAGCAUCACUGGUCGGAUGUUCUUGUUGGCGCAAUUGCACUUUUUGUUGCUGAGGUAUUUUCGCGUCGUGAAAUUCCAUCAUGUGAUGCACACUGCGGUUACGAUGAAUUUGGCCUGGCACCAGUCGUACGGCGAGCACCGUUGGCGGACGUGGAAACAGGUGGCGGUGGUAUGCGAAACGACGGAGGACGUGAUGGUGCGCAAGUUGUCAAAUCACAUAAUAUAACAGUAACACGAGAGAUGGCACCCGGUUUGAAUGAUAUCGAGAAUAAUCAGUCGCCGCCACCAGCGCAAACAGCACAGAGCCAAAGAUUGUAA